AUGGCGAGCGACAGCGAAGUUGAGCUACUGACCGUCAUAAACGUUCUGCUUUUCACGUCUGUGCUUUUGCGAAAUCGACAGCGUAGACGAGGGGAACGGAGGUUCUGGAUCCAUCCUUUGUGGCGCCACCGAAACGAGGAAGGCCAGGCGAAUUGCCUCCUGCCACGUUUGCGCUGCACGGAUGAAGCUUUCUACCGCGACUUUCUUCGAAUGACCCCCGCGGCGUUCGACACCUUGUUGGGAUAUGUUCGGGGAUCAAUCGAACGCAGGGACACACGCUGGAGGAAAGCCAUCCCGGCGAGUGAAAGGCUGGCAUUGACUCUCAGGUUCCUGGCCAAUGGGGACACGUUUCGGAGCGCCUCAUUUAACUUUCUUGUUGGCCGCUCAACAGCCAGCAGAAUAAUUAAUGAAACAUGCGAGGCCAUAUGGAACUGCCUCCAGGGGCAGUACCUAGCCUUUCCAUCGACAACUGAAGAAUGGAGACAGAUUGCAUCUGAAAUGGAAACAAGAUGGCAGUUUCCCAACUGCAUUGGGAGCAUCGAUGGCAAGCACAUUGUAAUUGAAUGUCCAGCCAAGUCUGGCUCGCAGAACUACAACUACAAGGGAACCUUCAGUGUAGUCCUCCUUGCCGUCUGUGAUGCUCAGUACCGCUUCACCUAUGUUGACAUGGGGCACCUUGGCGGUGAAAGUGAUGCUGGGAUCUUUGCCCGUUCAAAGCUUCUGCAAGUGCUUGAAGGCAGUGACUUCGGCAUCCCGGGGCCAAGGAAUGUGGGGACAGCAGGGCCAAUACCACAUUGCAUUGUUGGAGAUGAAGCCUUCCCUCUCAGGACGUUCUUGAUGCGGCCAUACUCAAGAAGAGCUGCAAGUGAACACCACCACAAAAUCUUCAACUAUCGCCUGUCACGAGCCAGACGCCUCAUCGAAAAUGCUUUUGGCAUUCUGGCCAACCGGUGGCGCAUACUCAGGAGGCCAUUUAAAGCAAAACGAGAGAAUGUGGAGAGAAUCGUGAAAGCAUGUGUGGUGCUUCACAAUUUUGUUAUGAAGACAUCUUCAAUGUUCUACAAUCCCAUAGGGUACACCGACUACGAAGAUUCCUGUGGGAACCUGCAGAGUGGAGCGUGGAGGGCAGACGGUGGUGAUCUUGGACUGCUGCGCGGGCUAAGUGGAAUUGGCUAUCAUCCCAAAAAGUCAGUAAACCCAUAG